AUGUCUGUUUCAGCUAGCAAGAGUAGACAUGUCAAAUUUGGCGACGAAGAUAGCGAUGAAGUCACAAAAGUUGUCGAAACUCGUCAGACGGGUAUGGGGCAGGUCAGCGACAGCAGCGAUAGUGAAGAUGACGAGGCUCCACAGGAAGAGGGACUUGCCAGCGGGAUGACCAAGGUCGAGGAACAGUUUAAACAGAGAGAAGAAGCGCUGCGGAGAGAGAAACAGGUUUUGAAAGAAAAGAGAAGAAAGGCGGAUGCCAAGUUUAAAGAGCAGCAGCUUACGAAAGGUAAUAGAGCUAAAUCAGGUAGUCUACAGCCAGAUGAAGAGUCUCCCGAAGAGCUGCCUGAGGAUUUUUUCGAUAAGCUGGAGCAGGAGGAGGCGGAAAAGCCUAUUGAGCAGAUGCCAAAGCAUAUCAACUUUAAUGAGAUUUCAGAUAGACAGUACACAGCAGAGGUCAAGAAACAGCUCGAGAAGAAGAAGCAAAAAACCUUGAAAAAGCUGAGGGCUAACACCGUGAAGAGAGGAUCUUUCAACGUCAGCUUACUCAGUCAUCAAGAUAGCAUGUCAUCGAUGGCGCCCAAGAAGGAAGCCUCCAUCAUGAACUCUAAGGACAAAUGGUUGAGAAGAAAGUCAAUCAGGAGAAAGUAA